AGACUUCACCACGAUGUCUUACCAACAGCAGCAGUGCAAGCAGCCCUGCCAGCCUCCUCCUGUGUGUCCACCCCCAAAGUGCCCUGAGCCUUGUCCUCCUCCAAAGUGCCCCGAGCCUUGUCCUCCUCCAAAGUGCCCCGAGCCUUGUCCUCCUCCCCCAUGCCAGCAGAAAUGUCCUCCUGUGCAACCUUCUCCACCGUGUCAGCAGAAGUGCCCUCCCAAGAGCAAGUGA